AUGUGGACAUUCAUAGUGUGCUUUUUGGCCUGUGCGCUACAGGUGUCUGCAGCCACCACCGCUCAGGAGUCAGAUCCUAAAUUUUGGAUUGAAAAUGGAAAACGAAUGUUGGAGGAAAAGUCAAAACAACCAUUUCGAACGAACAAAGCGAAGAAUGUGAUAUUGUUUAUGGGAGAUGGUAUGUCAUUGACAACAUUGACGGCCGCUCGCAUAUACAAAGGUCAGUUGCAGAACACGUCAGGCGAAAGUGAACACCUGAGCUUCGAACAGUUUCCGUUCACCGGAAUAUCAAAGACGUAUUGCGUUGACAAUCAAGUGGCCGAUUCAGCAUGUUCAGCCACGGCAUAUUUGUGUGGCGUCAAGGCAAACAAAGGUACGAUCGGCUUGACGUCUAAAGUUAAGAAAGGAGAUUGUCCAUCAUCAGUCUCCGAAGAGCACCGUGUGACUUCCAUAAUGCAAUGGGCGCAGUGGGCUGGGAAGGCGACUGGCUUCGUGACCAACACGCGGGUUACUGAUGCAUCCCCAACCGGUUGUUAUGCACAAAUCGCGCACCGGGAAUGGGAAUCUGACGUAGAUAUGAUAAAGACCUCCAAUGGAACAACCAAUUUAACGCAAUGCGAAGACAUAGCUAAACAGCUGAUAACCAAAGAACCAGGUAGAAAUUUCAAGGUUAUCAUGGGAGGUGGUCGCGAUAAACUUAUGAAGCAGGGAGUCAAUUCCACGGGAAUAAGAUCGGACGAAGACUUAGUUAUCCGCUGGAAGAACGACAAGCGAACUAGGUUCAGCGAUAAAAUCUCCAAGUACGUGACGACUAGAGAUGAAUUAUCGAAAACAGAUAUGACUCAAACUGAUUUUGUGUUAGGUCUUUUUCAUCGGGGUCACAUGGACUACAGAUUAAAAUCAAAUUUCGAGACUCAGCCCACGUUACAGGAAAUGACCAGGAACGCUAUACAGUUGCUCCAGAAAGAACCAAACGGUUACGUUCUUUUCGUAGAAGGUGGCCUCAUCGAUAAGGCACAUCAUGCGACGUGGGCGAGAAUCGUACUUGACGAGACGUUAGAGUUUUCCAAAGCUGUGGCGAACGCUGUGGCGAUGACUAGUGAAGACGACACAUUGAUCGUGGUGACAUCAGACCACGCUCACACCAUGUCGAUGGCUGGUUACCCUAAACGAAACGCAAAUAUUCUCGGUCUUUCGGGAACAAUGGCUAUGGACAACAUGACGUACACAACACUGAGCUACGCCAUUGGCCCAAAAAAAUCCUUCGUAAAUGACAACACGUCAUGUCACAGAGUCAACGUGACCGACGAAGAUUUAAAAAAAAUUGACUAUCAAUAUCCAAGUCUGGUUGACCAGUCCCAAGAUCCACAUGGUGGCGAGGAUGUAAUGGUAUUUGCGAGGGGUCCUAUGUCCUAUUUAUUCAGUGGAAACUACGAGCAAAAUCAAAUUGCUCUAGGAAUUGCUAUGGCAGCUGGUAUUUCUACGGAUCCUCCAACUAAUAACUCCAAUAUCGGUAACGUUGUUCGAUCGCAAUUUGCCGGACAAACAAUUCUUACUAUUAUCACGUUGAUAAGUCUUAUGAGAAUUUUGCAGUACAGCUCAUAG